GUCAUUUCCUUCUUCCAAAAUACACAUACGCUUCUUUCUCCUCUUUGUUUUCUUCCCUUUCAAUUUUUUUUUCUCCUAUUUCACUUUCUCUCUCCUUCUUUCCCUCUCUCGUUGUUGUUGGUGUUCGUUCCUCAAAAAUCCAAACAAGGCGCAAGGAGGAUCUGUGCUUGCUUUAUCGGUUUUGGCCAUGGCUUCCAAGCGGAUCUUGAAGGAGCUCAAGGAUCUGCAGAAGGAUCCUCCUACCUCUUGCAGCGCCGGUCCUGUUGCUGAGGAUAUGUUUCACUGGCAAGCAACAAUCAUGGGUCCUCCAGACAGUCCAUAUGCUGGAGGUGUUUUCCUAGUCACUAUUCAUUUCCCUCCGGAUUAUCCCUUUAAGCCACCAAAGGUUGCAUUCAGGACAAAGGUAUUUCACCCAAAUAUUAAUAGCAACGGAAGCAUUUGUCUUGAUAUAUUGAAGGAGCAGUGGAGCCCUGCUCUGACCAUUUCCAAGGUGUUGCUUUCAAUUUGCUCCCUGUUGACUGACCCAAACCCUGAUGAUCCUUUGGUCCCUGAAAUCGCCCACAUGUACAAGACAGACAGGAACAAGUACGAGUCAACUGCCAGAAGCUGGACCCAGAAAUAUGCCAUGGGCUAAGUUCCCCAUGGUAUGUUGUGAGGGAGAGCCUUUUUACUUGCAGUGUUUAAAGGCCUAAACGGCCUUUGUAUGAAUAUUUGUUGUCUUUAAUCGUAACCAAAUUAAGGUCUCUCUACUUAAGAACGAGGGGAAAACGUUUAUUCUGCUGUUUGUAUCGUAAAUGUUAAUUUUAGAACAGUGAAACGUGGCCCAAUUCAAUGUGUGCUCUCAUCUUCA